GAAGCGUCAAAGCGUGUUGGAGCAAAGUGACAGCUUCUUUUGCCAUUCUUCUUUUUUUUUUUUAGCUGGGGAGGGCGACAGCGGCGACGGCGGUCCAAAAAACAAAAAAGGUUUGGUGUACUGUGACUGAGUGAAAGAGAGAGUAGUCAGUUUUUUCUCACAUCGCCGUCGUUAACACGUUCCGUCUCGCUCGCGCAGGUAAGCGGCGGCACUGGGCUCGGCCAAUCAGCGCGCGACUCUCUGUUCUCAAUUCACAUCCUCCGAAGAAGAAGAAAAAAAAACUGGCCAAUCAGCACGCGACGCUCUGUUCUCAAUUCACAUCCUCCGAAGAAGAAAAAGACCACAAAAAAAACAAAAAACGCGUGUGCGCGUGUUGGAGCUGUGGGCUGAGUCCCGGUGACAUCACGGGCCGUCUUUGAUAAAGCGCUGCUCCUCACCGGGUGGGAGGAAGAGAGAGAGAGAGAGGCAGAGACACGAGCAUCCACCUUUGACACGAAAGGCUGCAGCAGCGAGUCCUCUCCUCGGACGGAGCCCACGAGCCCCACUCAUGGACGUACGUUCCCCCAAGAGCGCGGCGAAGGAGCCCCGACCGGCGCGCUGCAGCGUCAAGCUGUUCGUCCUGUGCCACGGCCUCCUGCAGUUCUCUCAGCUGCUGUACAGCGCUUACUUCAAGAGUACCAUCACCACGAUCGAGAGACGCUAUGGCCUCAGUAGCUACUCCUCGGGAACCAUUUCCUCUCUCCACGAGAUCAGUAACAGUGUGCUGAUCGUGUUCGUGAGCUACUUCGGGAACCGGGUUCACCGUCCUCGCGUGAUUGGUGUUGGUGGAUUGCUGAUGGCCGUCAGUGCCAUGAUCCUGACCUUACCUCACUUUGUGUCCCAGCCCUACGAAUAUGACUCUGUUCUGCACAAUCGCCACGACAUUUGCAACCUGCAGCAGAAUUCGAGCGACACAGAGUCUUGUGGCCUUGAUGAGACCAGGCGCCUGGCCGACACCAACAACCUGUGGCUGCUCAUGGCCAGCGCUCAGCUGCUCUUUGGCGUGGGCUCGGUGCCAAUCCAACCUUUUGGGAUUUCCUACAUAGAUGAUUUUGCAGGACCUGGCAACUCCCCUGUUUACAUAGCCAUCCUGUUUGCUGUAUCUGUGUUCGGGCCUGCCAUUGGCUACCUGCUGGGCUCAGUCGUUCUGCGGAUCUUUGUGGAUGUGGACAAAAUUGGUUUAGGGGCCGAACUGGAGCUGAGACACGGUGAUCCUCGCUGGGUCGGGGCGUGGUGGAUGGGCCUGCUCAUCACCGCUGGCUGCCUAUUUCUCACCUCCAUCCCCUACUUCUUCUUCCCUCGUAGAAUGCCCUCAGAAAACAGUGUGGCUGGAAGUGAAAGCGAAAUGAACGGUGACUUGAAGAAGCCAGAUAUCUCUUUACUUGAUUUCCUGAAAAUGUUUCCCAGAAUGUUCGUCCACCUCCUGUUGAGCCCUCUCUUCCUGAUGCUGGUGCUGGCCCAGUGCUGCUUCUCCUCGGUGAUCGCGGGCCUCUCUACGUUCCUGAACAAGUUUCUGGAGCGGCAGUACAGCACCUCGGCCGCCUACAGCAGCCUGCUGGUCGGUGCUGUGAAUCUGCCAGCGGUAGCGGUGGGGAUGCUGGUUGGAGGGUUGAUCAUGAAGAGGGCGGGUCUUUCUCUGAAGACUAUCCCACGAUUCUCUGUGGUCAUGCUUGUCAUAUCCACCCUCCUCUGUAUCCCCCUCUUCUUCAUGGGCUGUCCCACCCAGAAGGUCUCCGAGAUCAAUCAUUAUCAGAUCGAACAGUACGGAUCUUUAUCCAUGUGUUACUCCAACUGCUCCUGUCCUGCCAGUGCCUUCAACCCCGUGUGUGGCUCUGAUGGUAUCGAGUACAUCUCUCCUUGUCAUGCAGGCUGCACCAACUUCACCAAAGACCCCAACAGCACCCACAGGGUGCAGCUGUAUACAAACUGCAGGUGUAUAUCUGGGAGCCAGAAUCAGGCCCGUCCAUCUCCCUGCCCCAACAGCUGCCCUCAUCUGCUGCUCCCCGUCAUCCUUGUCAUCUCUCUGGCGUCGCUGAUCGCCUGCCUCACUCAUAACCCCAUGUACAUGAUGGUGCUCAGAUGUGUUCCCUCUGAGGAGAAGUCAUUUGCUAUAGGAAUCCAGUUUUUACUCAUGAGAGUAUUAGCUUGGCUUCCUGCCCCCGCUCUCUUUGGGAUGGCCAUUGAUACGUCAUGUAUCUGGUGGAAGCGUGUGUGCGGAAAGAAGUUUAGCUGUGGUUACUAUGACAACAACAUCUUGAGGAACCGAUACUUGGGACUACAGGUGGGUUAUAAGGUCAUGGGCAUCUUGCUUCUGAUGAUGCUGGGGUGGAAGGUGCAUCGGACCCAGGAGUACAGUCUGGAGAAGAGGCCCGAGGGACUACUGUGAGCCCGCUGAGCGUCCGUGUUGAUUGAAGCCUCUCGGCUUUCUUUGCCGCUGACUGGAGCUGUGUCAGUGGGAGAAAAGCCACAAGCCAAGACAGGCCUACACUGACCUCAACUUCUGUAGGCCCACUUCUCUACGUGGUGCUUCACUGUUGAGAAAGAGUUCGGAUGCUUUAAACCUUUACGAUUACAAUUUGCUCCGCCAAUAUGACCUACUCAUUACAAGUUAAGAGAGGACAGCUGAAACACCUCUCUCGUAUGGUACCUCACAACAUUUCACAUGGAUUUGGGACGGCACAACAGUCUGACCAACGAUGACACAGCAGAUUAUCCUCGUUUAUUACUUGUUCUAUGAGGUAGGCAUCUAUUCCGGUUCCUAUUUGCAAUGGGAACAUACUAAUUAACUGUAUAGCUUAAUAUUUAAGUUUAUUUUUUAUAGAUGUUUGUCUCGUACACAGAGACAUCUGUGAUAACGUCAAUAUUCAUUUCGUAUAACGUCACGUAUAGGACUUAUUAAUUUUAAUGCAUUGCUAAUGACAUUUCAGAUAUAAGGUGAGAUAAGUAGAUGUAUUGUUACUCGUAAAUUGAAUUAACUAUGCACAUUAUGCUAUCUACUGGUGUAGUCAUACGGUUGUUAUUACAGUGCAUAGAUGUGUAAGUAUUACUGGCUGAUAAAAAAAUAAACAGAACAAUUAAUCAUUUCA